UGAGGAGCACGUUGGUGGGGCCGGAAGUUCUUGAACAAAGACAAGAGGGGAAAAUCUUGCAGCGCAGCUUGGGUAAGCUCAAGCGGAAACCCUAGGCGGGAAGAAAUCAGGGGCCGAAAGUCUCCUACCCCUAAUCAUCAUCACCCAACAGGUUAGUCUUCCAUUUUACCUACAAUGGCUGACAGUAAUGAAUCAGACAAGAACAUUGAGAUAUGGAAGAUCAAGAAAUUGAUUAAAGCAUUGGAAGCUGCAAGAGGUAAUGGCACCAGCAUGAUUUCUUUAAUAAUGCCUCCUCGUGAUCAAAUAUCCAGAGUCACCAAGAUGUUGGGAGAUGAAUUUGGAACUGCUUCAAACAUCAAAAGCAGGGUGAAUCGACAGUCAGUAUUGGGAGCCAUUACUUCAGCGCAACAGAGGUUGAAGUUAUAUAACAAGGUUCCUCCAAAUGGAUUGGUUCUUUAUACUGGAACUGUUGUCACUGAAGAUGGCAAAGAAAAAAAGGUGACCAUCGAUUUUGAACCUUUCAGGCCUAUUAAUGCGUCCCUUUACCUUUGUGAUAACAAGUUUCACACUGAAGCUUUAAAUGAGCUUUUAGAAUCUGAUGACAAAUUUGGUUUCAUUGUAAUGGAUGGAAAUGGUACCCUUUUUGGGACAUUAAGUGGAAAUACUCGUGAGGUGCUUCAUAAAUUUACCGUUGACCUACCAAAGAAACAUGGUAGAGGAGGACAGUCUGCCUUGCGUUUUGCUCGUCUUCGAAUGGAAAAACGACACAACUAUGUUAGAAAGACUGCAGAACUUGCCACACAGUUUUUCAUUAAUCCUGCCACUAGUCAGCCUAAUGUUGCUGGACUUAUACUUGCAGGUUCUGCUGACUUCAAGACUGAGCUGAGCCAGUCAGAUAUGUUUGACCCUCGUCUAGCGGCAAAAAUAUUGAAUGUGGUUGAUGUUUCAUAUGGUGGGGAAAAUGGUUUUAAUCAAGCUAUUGAGUUAUCUGCCGAGAUUUUGUCAAAUGUGAAGUUCAUACAAGAAAAAAAGUUGAUAGGGAAAUACUUUGAAGAGAUCAGCCAGGAUACUGGUAAAUAUGUCUUUGGGGUUGAUGACACAUUGAAGGCUCUGGAGAUGGGUGCCAUUGAGACGCUUAUAGUAUGGGAAAGUUUGGAUAUCAAUAGGUAUGUGCUGAAAAAUACUAAUACUGGUGAGACUGUCGUAAAGCACUUAAACAAGGAUCAAGAGGCUGAUGAAACCAAUUUCCGGGAUUCAGCCACCUCUGCGGAGUUGGAGACGCAGGACAAGAUGCCUUUGCUGGAGUGGUUUGCCAAUGAGUACAGGCGAUAUGGUUGCUCGCUGGAGUUUGUGACCAAUAAAUCUCAAGAAGGAUCACAGUUUUGCAGAGGGUUUGGUGGCAUCGGAGGUAUCCUUCGCUACCAGCUUGAUCUCAGAUCAUUUGAUGAGUUCUCUGAUGACGGAGAAGUGUAUGAGGAUUCUGAUUAAGCGUCUCCCUCGUAGAGCCUUCCUUCACUUGGUUAUGGAUAAUUGGACGGGGCGUCGUUGCUCUUAUGGCGGAACAUUACCUUCCAUCGCUUGGAUUGUAUGGCUAAGAUGUAGUUAUUUUGCGUUUCAUCCCUAAAAAUGUGCAAGUCAUUUUGGAUAUCCUCUGCUUCAAACGUUUGUUUUGAUUUUCGUUUUUUCUUUUUCUUGGGUUUGUCAGUCAAUGUAAUAUGGCAACUAAAUCGUGAUGUCGGUUGAUUCCUCAAG